CACAUGUCAUUCCUUGGUCUCCUACUGAGGACGCAGGCCAGCCAGUGUCACUGUGGAAGGAGAAUAUACAAAGGGUUUUCCUGCACUUUAUGGUUUCUGAGACGUGCUUCUGCAAAGAAAAGAUGCCUUCUGCAUCCUGUGAUACCCUGCUGGAUGACAUAGAAGACAUUGUGUCCCAGGAAGAUUCAAAGCCACAAGACAGACAUUCUUCAAGAAGGCAGGUGGUUCCGAAAGUGCGAAGGCGCAAUACCCAGAUGUUCCCAGAAGAGGAGAACAGUCCGCCAAGUGACAGCACUAUUCCAGGCAUACAGAAAAUUUGGAUACGAACAUGGGGUUGCUCACAUAAUAAUUCAGAUGGAGAAUAUAUGGCUGGACAGCUAGCUGCUUAUGGCUAUAAAAUUACAGGUGAAUGAAAUUUGGGAAUCCUGUACUGGAGUUCUGGAAUGGCUAGCCUGAGCCAGGAAAAGUCCCUUUGUGAUCUCAGAAGGAAUUUGAGUUAAGAGGAUUUGCUCUUCACACCACAUUUCCCUCUUAUUGAGGAAAGUAGAUUGGAAAUAGUGACAAAGUAAAAGAUGGUUGACGUUGUGGAAGAUGAGCCUCAAUUUAUGGAGGUUAAAAGACAUUUUUAAAGUGGAAAUUACAGAGAACAGACUUGAUUUUUCUAAGUAAAACCAAAGACGGCAAUGAAACGAAUGUAAGAAAAUUAGAGCAUGGUGUGUUUUGUGUAUUAACGAAUGACCCCUUCAUUUGGAAGGAUGUGGGCAAAUGUAACGGAAACCAUGUAUACAGUUGGGUCUUAAAAUGCUGCGAUUCAACAGGCCAUUGACACAUAAUUGAUUGUUACCUGAUCCAUAACUUUGUGGAGAACUCACUGUGGCCUUUGUGGCCUCAGGAAUAAGUACACCUUGCAGAAGUGUGAUGACAUUGUUAGGUGACUGCAGAUAGACCUGAAUGGAUACGUUUCUUAAGAGUGCUGUGAUAAAGACACUAUAUCGAUUUAUUGGCAUAUUGUAACCAGUAUUUUUCCUAAUGAAUCUUCAAAAAAAUUUUAAGGUACUUUUAAAACGAAUUCUUAAAUAUAGUUUACAUCAGAUUUACAUAGAAACUUACCUUUUUUUUUUUUUAAGACCUUUUAAGGACAUUAUUUUGAAGUGAGUCCAAGAUGACACAGAAAUG